GCGGCAGAGGCGGCAGCGCUCGCCAUUGCCGCUGGUGGCAGGAGGCUGCGAGGAGCCGGCGCGGUCGCAGUCUCCACGGCGCAGGCCCACGGUAGCGCAGCCGCUCUGAGUAAAUCUUCAUGGAGGAACACGGAGUGACCCAAACUGAACACAUGGCUACCAUAGAAGCCCAUGCAGUUGCCCAACAAGUACAGCAGGUCCAUGUGGCCACCUACACUGAGCACAGUAUGCUGAGUGCUGAUGAAGACUCUCCUUCUUCUCCUGAGGACACCUCUUACGAUGAUUCAGACAUACUCAACUCCACAGCGGCUGAUGAGGUGACCGCUCAUCUGGCUGCUGCAGGUCCCGUGGGAAUGGCUGCUGCUGCUGCUGUGGCAACAGGAAAGAAACGGAAACGGCCUCAUGUGUUUGAGUCUAAUCCAUCUAUCCGGAAGAGACAGCAAACACGUUUGCUUCGGAAACUCCGAGCCACGUUGGAUGAAUAUACUACUCGAGUGGGACAGCAAGCUAUUGUCCUCUGUAUCUCACCCUCCAAACCCAACCCUGUCUUUAAAGUGUUUGGUGCAGCACCUUUGGAGAAUGUGGUGCGUAAGUACAAGAGCAUGAUCCUGGAAGACCUGGAGUCUGCCCUGGCAGAACACGCCCCUGCACCACAGGAGGUUAACUCAGAGCUGCCCCCUCUCACCAUCGACGGAAUUCCAGUCUCUGUGGACAAAAUGACCCAGGCCCAGCUUCGGGCAUUUAUUCCAGAGAUGCUCAAGUACUCCACAGGUCGGGGAAAACCAGGCUGGGGCAAAGAAAGCUGCAAGCCCAUCUGGUGGCCUGAAGAUAUCCCGUGGGCAAACGUCCGGAGCGACGUCCGCACAGAAGAGCAAAAGCAGAGGGUUUCAUGGACCCAGGCACUACGGACCAUAGUUAAAAACUGUUAUAAACAGCAUGGGCGGGAGGACCUUUUGUAUGCUUUUGAAGAUCAGCAAACACAAACACAGGCCACAACCACACACAGUAUAGCCCAUCUUGUACCAUCACAGACCGUAGUCCAGACCUUUAGUAACCCUGACGGCACUGUCUCACUUAUCCAGGUUGGUACAGGGGCAACAGUAGCCACAUUGGCUGAUGCUUCAGAAUUGCCAACCACAGUCACUGUUGCCCAAGUGAAUUAUUCUGCUGUGGCUGAUGGAGAGGGCUUGGGGCCCUUUCUCUGGGACAUGGUGACAUCCGGCAUAGAUAACCACACAGUGGCUCCCAACAGAUGGAAAGGGAGAGCAACAAGAGCUCAAGCAAAUACAACUAAAGCACUGAGGCUGAAGAAUAGGAAAUUCCAAAGAAAUGUUAACACCCAAGUGGAACAAAAUUGGGCCACGUUACAAGGAGGUGAGAUGACCAUCCAGACGACGCAAGCAUCAGAGGCCACCCAGGCCGUGGCGUCACUGGCAGAGGCCGCAGUGGCAGCUUCUCAGGAGAUGCAACAGGGAGCUACAGUCACCAUGGCACUCAACAGCGAAGCCGCCGCCCAUGCUGUCGCCACACUGGCCGAGGCUACCUUGCAAGGAGGGGGACAGAUCGUCUUGUCUGGGGAAACCGCAGCAGCUGUUGGAGCACUUACUGGAGUCCAAGAUGCUAAUGGACUGGUCCAGAUCCCUGUGAGCAUGUACCAGACUGUGGUAACCAGCCUCGCCCAGGGCAAUGGGCCGGUGCAGGUGGCCAUGGCCCCUGUGACCACCAGGAUAUCGGACAGCACAGUUACCAUGGACGGCCAGGCUGUGGAGGUGGUGACGCUGGAACAGUGACAUGCGGCCAUACCAUGGCGUCGUUUUCUAGUCUACUUCAAAAUUUUUUACACGUUUGCAGAGGUGCAAUCAAAUGGAAUUAAGUCUCUCGACUUUGGAAGAAAAGUUUUGUUAACCUUUUUUUUAAAAAGGAAGAAAGGCAGUGGGUUUUGGAAUUGCAUUUUUUAAAGCACCACUCUUGAUUUUCUGGGAUUGGUGGAAUGAGAUACCGUGUUGUCAGUUUCACUGUCCCGAAAAAGCCAAAUUGUGGCAGGACCUCUUUCUGCAGAAACAUGUGUGUAUACUUAUGUGUGUGUAUGUGUGAGUGUGAAUAUAUGUAUAUGUGUACAUAUGGAUAUACACAUUUACAUAUAUAUAAAGUAUAUAUAUAUGUAUGUAUGUAGAUAUAUAUAUAUAUAUAUAUAUAUAUAUAUAUAUAUGAAACCCGCAUGGAAUUAUCUAUAUGAAAUCAAGGUGAGCUGUGGAAAAAUAUAAUUCACCCAGUUUAGUGGGUGUAGGGUACGUGGCCAGACACAGUCACCCGGUUUUUGUUCAUACCAGGGUCAUGCGUUGAGCUACUGACAAACUCAGGCGGAGGUGACCAUGCCCUUCACCAAAGCUGCCUCCCAGUGGCCACCCAGAACUCUCCCUGCUGGACUCACCUGAAGAAGGAGGUUCCAGAAUGGGGUGGGGUCCAGAAAUUGUGUUUGCAAGGUCCAAGGGCCUCGUGGUCUGGCAGCUGAGAUGCUCCUCGGGCUGGCCCAGGUGCUGACCUUGCCACAGGCAGGUGAAUGUCCUUAAAGCUCCAGGCCGAGACGAGAGGGUUUUCCUCAGCCUCCCAUCUCCUCCCCUUCCCAGGAAGUCGUCUUGAUCUCAUGACUAUUAAAAUAUUGCUCUGGUUUUAAGGUCAGUCUCCUGAAUUGGUCAUGUAUAUGAACUGAAGGUAACAGAAGUAUUAAGGGUUUUUUGGAGCGUGUGCGCGUCCGGCGUGCCUGUGGGUGUGUGCUUGGAGGGGAGAGAGUGGGAGGGGGAGGGGAGGGGUUGGAAGGGGAAAGGAAGGAGGGAGAGAAAAAUCUUCAAAGACCAGGGCACACCGAUGGGAGCAAUUUUUUCCCUUCCAGUACGUUUCUGUAGCUUCACAGAGGAGACUGGAACUGACAGGGCCACCUGGCUCUUCCUACUGCGGGACCUCAGAAGAGAAAGGGACCUAGGAUGUUUCCUGCACCCCGGCUCAGGCCCUGAUUCAGAAGGGACCCUGCAGUUUUCCCAGGCUCCUCCUGGUGGGUCAGGCCCCACAGCUUCCUCCUCACAGGUGCCGACUGGUCUGGGUGUUCUCUGUAACUGUUAAAUUCUGUGAUUUCUCAGCUGCAAGCCCUGAGUCUCCAGUGGCUAAAUUCACCUGACUUCUCGACAGGCCAAAUCUCUGCUCCUUGAGUACAGGGACAACUCUUCCUCCCUCCUCCCGGGCCCCCCAUGUGUGAUCGUGUAUUUAAAUGUGUUUUUUUUUAAUGCGACAUUAAAAGAUUCUUCACGUCUUGCUCAGCCUUUGAGAAAAGUUUCAGAUUCUUGUAUUUGCUUGUUUUAUAUAAAAUUAUCUAAUGUUCUUUGUAUGUUUUUUUCUGUACGUAAUAGGGGGAGGGAAGGGAAAUUUACAUAUAAACAGUCCUAGUUCUACAACUUGUUAUUUUUUUAAUUAUUAUUUUUUAUCGUCAUUGUGAAGCUGUUCAGGGGCUUUAAAGUCCGUGUUCCAUUGUGGUGAAAUAACCUCCUAAUAGUUUGAGAAAUUGCCAAGAAGAAGAAAAGCAAAACCCAAGUAGCAGAGCAUGGAUUCUGUGUUGUUUCCCAUUCUGUCUAUUACUGCCUCAUUCAAUAAAUAGUUUAAAAUGUGGCAACAGGAAGUGGAAUGUUCAUCUCUAUAGGAGCACUUGGCCUCUUAGAACUCUUUUGGGGUGGCCUGUUCUGCUUUGUAAAAGGUGCUUGUAACUCAAGCUCGGUGGUCCUUGACUGGUGCUCUGUGGCGUUGUGGAGGCCUGCAAGGAGAGUGCUAGGACAGGGCCAGGGCCUCCUGGCCGGCGCCCACCUCCAGAGCAGCUCCACUGAGUUUGUUUUAUAAACUGCUGUCCUGGGGGUGCAGGGCAGGGAGGGGGUUUGGGAUCUAGUUUGAAAAACCCUAAAGAUAGUUUGAAAACUCUACUCUGGAGUUCUUUAAGGGUUAAUUGCAUUCCACAUUAAAAAUCGGGAUGCGUGAUGGUGCCUGUCCAUCAGGGUUCCCUCCAUGUGAGUGUUGUUCAGUAUUGCAGUGGAUUAUCCUUCUUGAAGCAGAGGCCUCAAGCCAUUAAUUGUUUCCUUAAGUCCUCGCUCCUUGGGUUCUGUCACGGCUCACGUGGCGACCGCCAUCUUUCCAGCCGUGCCUCCUCCCACAGCCCCAGCUUUAGGCCGUUGGUUUUGAACCUCUGUGUUUGUGGCCACUCUGUGCCUCAGCCUAGAAUGACGCCCUCCUUGCUGUUGCCAUCACCCCCUUCCCGGUUGCUGGAUGUUUAGGUCAGUUUCGUGAUAAUGAUUUAAAUGGAUGAAUGGAGAAGACAAGAUGUUUUCCUUGAUGCCUGACAGCGGCUCAGUAAAACCAGCGCCACCUCUCCCUCUUCCUGAACAAACGACACACUGUUGGCUGCUUGCACUAGAGGGUGAACAGAGAGGAUUGACUGCAGCCAAAUCGACCAAACAUCAUUGCCAUCGACCACCCAGGAACAGCGGGUUAUCUAGAGUACCUCCUAAUGGGGCCGGCAUCUCUCUGGAGGUGCCCUACUGCACAGUGCGUUCUGUUUGCCUGGCAAGACCCGGGUGCUGCCUUUUCCACAAGCAUAUGUUGAAAACUGUCUUUGGAGCCGAUGGAGACCUUUGCUUUCAUUGCUGCCUGAGUUACCACCAGCGGCGGCUGCAGGGACCAGGUAGGUAAAAUCGCUAAGUGAAGUGGGAGCUGCUGGGGAGGGGAGGUGCUGCAGAGUGGAGAGAAUCUGUCUAAAGGGAGCAGCCUCUCCUGAGUGCCCAGAGAUUGCCACCAAGUGGAAGGAAUAUGGGCCCUAGAGGCCCCAUCUUCAUAAUUUUCCAGAGACGAUGGGGAAUCCAGAUUGGUGUACGAAUCUCCUGAUGUCAACAAAUCAAAAAUCCUUCACAUAUUCUGCAGGGGGGAAAAAAAAAAGCAAACACCCGUAGACCAGAUCUGGCCCAUGUGUCAGUUUUGUUUAACUUGGUGAAACCCUGCCAUGUGCCAGAUGAGUACAGCCUUGGCAGGUGCCCAUGGGAAACAAGAUGAGAGGAGACAUCUUGUAUGAACGGAUUGCUGCGGCCCAGGGUGAUAAGGUGGCAUCUGGGUGGAGUGUUGUAGCAGAACAAGUUCCCUUGUCUCUUCUUAUCUCCUUCAGGGUCCUCUGCCUAAAGUAGCCUAUCACCAGGUAGCAAAGCUCCAGUGCUCACAGAAACUAAGACUGGGCUAGGAAUUCUUGACUGUACAUCCUACAUCUGAGAAGAUACUGGCGAUGCUGGUGACCACUAGAGUUUUCUGAACUCAGAUGAGUGAGCCGAGAACCAGAAGGGCAGGGAAGAGAAGGGGCUCUCACUCUAAGCUCAGGCUGCCAGUGCACCCUGGACCUCACUCAGACCCAAGCCAGGCUCAUCUUCAACUGCUUCGCAUGUGGAAAAGGGCCUACUCCUGCACUCACCUUCCUCCCUACCUGCAGCCAGUCCCCGUCCCUCCUCCAUAAUGCCCCCAUUAUGUGGGUGUGGCACCGGGGUGGUACCCGGCCUUGGGGUGUCCACACCAAAACUGAAGCUUAAUUAUUGGAAAGAGAGCCCACAUUUCCUCUCUCAUCCCUGCCUCAAUGGGCUGUGGGUCAGGUCAUCAGCCCAAGCCAGCCUGUGGCCUCAGCACAGCUCACCCUCAGAUGCCAGAGUCAAGGACACCCCUCAGUGCACUCCCACCUGGCCUCUGCUGUUUGCUCCUGGUUGGCAACUCUUGAAGAAGAUCCGCUGGGGAUGGUGGAGGGAGCACAGAGGGGCAGGUAGGACUUAAGGACAAGACUCUGAAAUAGCUAGACAGAGUAGGUUCUCCCCACCUGCUAUCCCAUUGCCAGUGCUGCUGGGCCCCUGAGUAAGUCCCCAACUCAUUCUGAAUUUGAGUUUCUCCCUUCUGAAAAUUGCUGGGGUAUUAGCAAAUAUUUAUCAACUACUGGUGUCUUGGGAGUGUAUUUCUACAGAACAGGGAAAUUACCCAUCUGCAGAGGGGGAAACCAGGGUCCCCCUGAGAACCUAGGACUUACCCAGGGCCAUCUUGGGAGGCAAGGACAAGCCUGUGUCCCAAGCCCAUGUCACCAGCCCUGUCCAGAGGCUUUCCUAGCUCUUGUUUAGGAGAACUAUGGCUUGUCUGCAGUUAAAGAGUAUUUAUAUGGUAGCAAUAAUAACAGUUAACGCACAGCCCUUACAAUGUGCCUUGUUCUGUUUUAGAGAUUUACCUAUAGAUUACCUUAAUCUUUACAAAGUACUGUUAUUAUCCCCACUUUACAGAUGAGCAAGCAGGUACAGAGGUUAAGUUGAAAGUAGCU